AUGGCUAAACCAUCAUCCAAUGCUGCUACUACAACUGGAGGAAUAACCAGACCCAAAGAACGCUUGAUUGAGAAGUCGGGGAAUGUUGCAGCUUGCAAGAAAACUCCACCAAAUGCAGUCGAAGAGCUGAAGGAAUAUAUGGUUAACAAAAAAAGUGGAACCACUUACAAUAGUUCUGGUAGUGGUAAUAUGGCAAAUAUAAGAGAUUUUGAAUUUGGUGAACCAAUUGGAUGUGAUGGAAGUGAAGAUGAGUUUGCAGACUCUUGUAAUGCUACUGCAAAGACAAAGUGUGGGACUAAAAAGGGAGCAAUGGACAAAUUUUGUAAGAAUCCAAAAAAUGCAAUUAAUCGGAGAAAAAUGGAGAUGUUGAGGCAAAUGAACAUAAGAGAGUCAAUGGAUAAGAAUGAAGUAUUGAAGGUGCAUCAAUAUAUUGCUCGCUUUUGGUACCAAGCAGGUUUGUCAUUCAAUCUCAUUAAAUUGAAAAGCUUUGAGAAUAUGGUUGUAGUCAUUGGCCAAUAUGGGCCAUAUUUGCCCAUUCCUAGCUAUUAUGACAUCAGAGUUCCACUCUUGAAAAAGGAAGUUGAAUAUACUAAAAAUUUGAUGAAAGGCCACAGAGCAAUGGGUCAAUUUGUUGAUGGCUUUGAUUUUGUAAAGACAGGUGAAAAGCUUUUUGAGUUGCUUGAUGCCAUUGUGGAGGAAGUUGGAGAAGAGAAUGUUGUUCAAGUUGUAACUGAUAAUGGGAGCAACUAUGUUUUAGCGGAUAUUGAGAAGCUUCCCUUGAUAAGGAAGACAAUUAGAAGGGAAAUUAAUCAAUUUGGGUUUAUCUAUGCCCAUUCUAGUACCUUAAGCUUGUUAAAAAAUUUUACAAAUAAGAGGGAAUUGGUGAGACAUGCUAUUACUAGAUUUGCCACUUCUUAUCUAACCUUGGAAAGGCUCCACAAAGAGAAAGCCAAUAUUAGAAAGAUGUUUACUUCUAAUGAAUGGACCUUAAACAAGUUAUCUAAGGAGCCUAAGGGGAAAGAAGCUGCAAAGGUAGUGCUCAUGCCUUCCUUUUGGAAUAGUGUGAUUUACACUCUUAAAGUCAUGGCUCCACUUGUCAAAGUGCUUCGUCUUGUGGAUGGUGAAAGGAAACCAGUCAUGGACUAUUUUUAUGAAGCAAUGGACAAGGCAAAAGAAACCAUUAUCAAGUCUUUCAAUAACAAUGAAAGCAAGUACAAAGAUGUGUUUGCAAUCAUUGAUAAAAGAUGGAAUUGUCAGCUUCAUAGGCCAUUGCAUGCAGCUGCCCACUUCCUAAAUCCAAAGUUCUUUUAUGACAACAUUGAUUUGGAUUUUGAUUUUGAGGUCACCAAUGGUUUGUUUGAUUGCAUUAAGAAGUUGGUUCCACAAUUUGAUGUGCAACAAAAAAUUCUAACUGAGUUGCAUCUUUACAAGAUUGGUGCUAAACACUUUGGUUCUGACUUUACAAUGGCUCAAAGGAAAAUCCAUUCUCCUAAUGAUGAUGCACUAAAUAGGGCAAGUGUGUAUGAGGCAUCGGGGGUUGGAGAGUGUAGGAUGUAUACUAGGCGGAAAAAAAUGGAAAGAAAUCAACCAACAAGUGUUGCUGCUGCUGCCCAAACUUCUAAAAAACGGGCAAUCAUUGUUGGAUCUUCAUCAAGGAAGCAAAAUGCAAUCCAAGAAAAUGAUGAGGAUCUAGAUUUUGAGAAGGAUAUUGAACUUGAAUCUGAAGAAGAAGAAAUCAUGGUCAAUUUUGAGGCGUAUGAUGGAGAAGAGGGAGAGGGAGAUGAUGCUCCAUUAUCUUAUGAUAACAACGAAGAUGAUUAUGUUGGGAUUGGAGAAGAUGAUUAG